CUUUGAAUUAGCUCGCUCGACGACUCGGCAAAACUGCUAUGGCAGCCUAUGGCGAUGCUACGAGCUCCUCAGAGCUGGUGUCGAGCCCAGACCCAAAUCACCCUGCAAAUCUGAUCUGCGAGCUAUGUCGUUGCUUCUAUCAGCUCGGCUGGGUCACGGGCACCGGAGGGGGCAUCAGUAUACGUGAUGACCAACACGUCUACAUUGCACCCUCAGGCGUGCAAAAAGAACGUAUCGCCCCGGAAGACAUCUUCGUCAUGAAGCCCGACCGUACAUUUUUUCGGAAACCUGCGCGACCGCUCAAGCAUAGUGCCUGCACGCCGCUCUUCUUCAAUGCCUACGAUCUGCGACAAGCAGGUGCAUGUAUACAUACUCACUCGCAACAUGCGGUGAUGGCAACCCUUCUCUGGCGCGGCAAAGAAUUCAGAAUAUCGCAUCAAGAGAUGAUCAAAGGCAUGCGAGUAGCAGGGACAGGAAAGGCGUUGAGCUAUCUCGAUACGCUCGUGAUACCUAUUAUCGAAAAUACGCCAGAUGAGGAGGAUCUGCGCGAAGGCAUGGAGCAAGCCAUGAAGGACUACCCCGAUGCUCCUGCCGUCCUUGUACGAAGGCAUGGCUUGUACAUCUGGGGCAAGGACUGGACGAGCGCAAAGGGUCAAGCCGAGUGCUUGGACUAUCUGCUCGAAGUAGCCGUCAAAAUGAGAAUGAUUGGCCUCGAGACCGAGGGGUUGCCUGUUUAA